UUGUGCAGACUGGGGGAAAUUGACACACACACACCCUCUGGCUGCGCGUGUGAGGUGCCACAUCGAAACGGAAUAUAAACGGCGGAAAAUGCGCAUCAUGCUGCCGCUCCUGCUGCUGUCGCUGGCCCUCGUUUCGUGCGCUCCUCCGCGCUGUGACCCGGGAUUUCGAGGACUGUGCAAGCCAACAGUGGAAGAAAAACCCAAAUGCACAGAUCUGCUAUUAUCCUACUGCGAUGACAUGUCCUACACUCAGACCAUGUUCCCAAACAUCCUCGGCCACAAGACCCGCGAGGAUGCCGAGGCGGGCGCCGAGUACCUCCUCAUGAGCGUGGUCGAGUCUCUGCUGAGGGGAGAGUGCAACCCCGAAAUCCGCAUGCUGGGCUGCUCUGUGCUGGCUCCGCGCUGCGAGAAGGAGAAGGUGAUGAAGCCCUGUCGCACCACCUGUGAGGCCAUCCGUAAAAAAUGCAGCCACGCGUUCGAGGGGAUAGAGAUGGCUUGGCCCUACUUCCUGGACUGUGAUCGCUUCUUUGUCAGUGACGAAGAGGGAUGUUAUGACCCGCUGGAGGGCCUCAGAGCAGAGCAAGACGAAGAGGCCGUUGACAGCAUGGAAAUCCCUCCUCCUGAGGACCCCGCCACGGCAAUACAGUUUAGCUACCACUCAAACGCUCAGAUGAUCAGCGUCUUAAAGAAAAUUGAGGAUCAAUGCUCCGACAUAGCGAGGACCUACAGCAUCGGUCGUAGCAUGGAGGGCAGGGAGCUGCUCGUGAUCGAGUUCUCCAACAACCCCGGCCAACAUGAACUGCUCGAACCCGAGAUAAAGUACAUCGGCAACAUCCAUGGAAAUGAAGUCCUGGGCCGCCAGCUGCUGAUCUACUUGGCUCAGCACCUGUGCUCAGAGUACCUGCUGGGGAGCGAGCGCAUCCAGACCCUCAUCAACACCACCCGCAUCCACAUUCUGCCCUCCAUGAACCCUGAUGGAUACGAGGCGGCUGCUUCUGGAAUCCAGGACAAUAACUACAGCGAUGAUGAGGGGGAGGGUCGCAGAUAUGAUUCUUGGAACGUCGGCCAAAACAAUGCGCAGAACAUCGACCUGAACAAAAACUUCCCUGACUUGACGUCCAUCAUUCACGGCCGGCGCCGACAAAAGGGCUACCGCACCGACCACGUCCCAAUCCCAGACUAUUACUGGUUUGGUAAGGUUGCACCGGAGACUUACGCCGUCAUGAAAUGGAUCCGCUCCAUCCCGUUCGUGCUCUCCGCCAACUUCCACGGUGGAGACCUGGUGGUGUCCUACCCCUACGACCUGUCCAAACACCCGCUGGAGCACAACAUGUUCUCCCCGACACCGGAUGAACAGGUAUUCAAGCUUCUUGCGAGAACUUACGCGAACGCCCAUGAAACGAUGUCCAAUGAGCACGCCCAGUGUGGACCGUCUCGCAGUACCAGCCAGAAAGGAACUGUUAAUGGAGCACAGUGGUCCAGCUUUGCAGGCGGCAUGCAAGACUUCAACUAUCUCCACACCAACUGUUUUGAGGUGACCGUGGAGCUGGGUUGUGAUAAAUUCCCCCCUGAAGAGGAACUGUUUAUCGGCUGGCAUGAAAACCACGAGGCUUUAAUCGCAUUUAUGGAGGCAGCCCAUCGAGGUAUCAAAGGCAUUGUGAAAGACGAGGAGGGAAACACAAUCAAAGGCGCGCGGAUAUCAGUCAGAGGAAUCCGGCAUGACGUUACCACAGCUGAAAACGGAGACUACUGGCGCCUCCUCACCCCUGGCACCCACAUCGUGGCCGCCUCGGCCCCGGGCUACACCAGAGCUAUGAAGAAAGUCCAGCUGCCUCCUCGCAUGCGUACGGCAGGCCGGGUGGACUUUGUGCUGCAGAAAGCUGCUCUAGAAGCUGACGUGCAAGAGGUGGACGACGCCAUCCAGUCUAUGGGCAUCUAUGACCGCUUUGACCCUUACAAUCAGUACGAGCGCUACACCCUGAUGGCUGAUGUGAGCCAGAACCGCGAGGAGAGAGCAGAGAAGCCCUGGUGGUGGAACUACUUUGUCCUGCCGGGAGGGCCUGCACCAACCUGGCUGCUCAAACACUAUUAGAGCUUGUUAGAGAAUAGCAUCGCUGUCUGCAGUAUACACACAAACUGAAUGUGCUGCUUUUUUACUGGUGUUACAGAAGAGUGUCAAAGCUAGCUGGCUGGCCUUCAUGUUACAAGCUUUUGCCUACAUGUGCUGUUUGGCACGAACGUGAAAUUAUAAUGUAAGCACCUUACAAGCUAUUGCCUUGACAACAAACAAUUAAUUAAUGGCCAUGAUGAAAUAAAAGUUGGCUAAAGACUAUAACAUUUACAGCAGAAAUAAAGAG